AUGACAGACGAAUCGGAGGCGGGGCGGCGGGCGCGCGCUCCCCCGCCGCGGCCGACUGUGCGCCCCGAGCCGCGUCCGCGCACCCUGCCACCGCGCCUUAUCCGCCCCUCAGAACAUCUCGCUAUGGUGGAACAAGCGAGGGAACGGCGCCCACCCCCUCUCAUGCCCUCAGUCACUGUGGUCCAAGGUCCUACUCGCAUCCAGGGGCCCAAACACCGCCAAUCCCUUCCCACUCAAUCCUUAUCAGGGUAUCACGCAACAAAGAGUCAUUCGGUAACACAAGGUGCAAUGCAAGGACCACAUUCAAUGCAGGGUUCAUCUCCACAAGUACCUCAUGCAAUGCAAGGAACCUCUAUGCAAGUGCACCCUGUAAUACACCCACCCCCAGUAGUGCAAGGCCCCAGACCCCCACCACCCCCUCCAGUACCAAGGCCAUAUGUUCCACCCCCUACGCGCAUGCCUGCGCCAAUGGCGAUAAACCCUGUUACGAGGCUACCACAACCGAGGAGAGAUAUUCAGACCUCUCCAACAACAGGAAAACGUAAUGCAGAAGCCGGUCCGAUUCGUAACGGUCUUGGUAAGGACCCAAUGUGGAAACAUACCUACGUGGGCGACACUUUCGUUGGCAAACUCAAGUAUGGUAAUGAUUAUCAGAACGAUGAUAUUGCAUUAUUCAUUGAAUCAAACAUCAAUACAGAGAGGAUAGCGAUC